AUGGACGCCAGCGAUCAGUGCGCCGCACUGCGGCAGGCCUGCUCCGAGCUUAACGAGGGCAUCACCGAGUUGCGGCACGAUUUGGACGCCGCCACCCCUCCGAUGGUGUCAGAGUCGUCGCCGGAUUGCGCUGCCCAAGCUGACGCUGGCUCUGGGAACGUCGGCCAGCUGAGCAACGCCGCCGCAGAAGGCGCGCUUGCACCUGGGAGUCAGCCGCCGGCACAGUGCGGCACCCGAGCCGCAGCGCGAGGCGUACGGGCGCUGGCGUGGCAGCAGCAGCAGCCGCUGCAGCGUGUAGCGCCCGCGGCCAGCACUGGUGCGGCGGGCUUGGUGCUUGGCGUGAGCAUGCCAGCCACUGCUCAGCAGCGGCCGGCACACUGGGGCGUGACCACCAGGAGGUUUAUCCACCGCCGAUAUCCGCGCGGCACCGGCUCGGCAGCCCCCCGCCGCGGGCCGUGUCCCCGGGCGCGGUGGUCGUGCACCGCCGGCUCCCGCACGGCCCGCCGGAGGGGGGCCAGCACGCCUGCCGGGCGCCGGGCGCUGCCUCGGCAGCGCCCCAGCCUGCCCGGGCAGGGCAGUAGCACUCAAACGACUCGGCCGUGA